CAUCACAUUCAUUCUAUUCGUAGACUCUAUUCCGAUCAUUUCUAUAUUUGAUAACGAUUGUAAAUGUAUUUCUAAUAAAGAUUUAUUUUGAAAUCAAGUUGUCGCUUAUUGGCGUAACGAAUUUGGCGCAGUCGGUAGUGUUGCAGACAUAUACGACUCAUUAAUAACAAGCUAUACUUCUAGUCCAAUUACUUCAUCAUGGCAGCCAAGUUCGUCGUGAUUCUCGCCGCGUGCGUGGCCCUCUCGCACAGCGCGAUGGUGCGCCGCGACGCUCCCGCAGCCGGCAACGCGUUCGAGGAUAUUGAGAAGCACGCCAAGGAGUUCCAAAAGAUCUUUAGCGAGCAAUUUAACGCCCUCGUUAACUCUAAAAACACUCAGGACUUCAACAAGGCGCUUAAGGAUAGCUCCGACUCUGUGCUGCAGCAACUAUCCACCUUCUACUCCAGUCUUCAGGGAGCGAUAAGCGACGCUAACGGAAAAGCUAAGGACGCGCUGCAGCAGGCACGCCAGAACGUGGAGAAGACCAGCGAGGAGCUGCGCAAGGCGCAUCCUGACGUUGAGAAGGAAGCCAAUGCAUUCAAGGACAAGCUGCAGGCGGCUGCGCAGACCACGGCCCUGGAAUCUCAAAAGUUGGCGAAGGAGGUGGCUUCUAUCAUAGAGGAGACAAACAAGAAGAUGGCCCUCAAGAUCAAGCGGGCUUACGACGACUUCGUGAAGCACACCGAAGAGGCGCAAAAGAAACUGCACAAAGCCGUCUCCAAGCAGUGAGAAUGCUCCGCGCAUGCGCAAAUGUCUCCGCAUCGCUACCUGCGCUAACUUCACCCUGCACCGCGUAUAUAAUAGAACUCUCUCAGAUUUAUAAAAAAAACCUCUCUCGUUAGAAUAAAGAUUGGGCGUUACCGCCUUAUGAUAACGUC